CUCGCAAUGCCACAGAGAUAUACUAGCGAAGGGGUGGACGUCAGCCCACUGGGCCAGCCACUUUCCUUUGAAUUUAGUGGCAGGACGGCCAAAAACCGAUUUUUGAAGGCUGCCAUGUCCGAACAUCUGGCCACAUUCAACCCCGAUGUUCUCGAGGAUCGGGGUGUGCCCUUGCCCGAGCUGGUCAAUGUUUAUCGCCGGUGGGGUGAGGGAGGCUUCGGCGUCCUGCUCACUGGUAAUGUGAUGAUAGCCUAUGAUCAGCUUGAAUCAGCUGAAAAUACCAUCAUCCCGCCGGAUGCCACAUUCUCUGGCGAUCGUUUCGAAGCUUACAAGGAGCUAGCAAGCCAAGCUAAGAAGGAUGGAAGCCUGAUUGUUGCUCAGGUUAGCCACCCAGGACGACAGGUACCGGAGAGCGUCCAGCCACACCCGAUCUCCGCGAGUGAUGUGCACCUCGAGGGAGGAUUCAAUGGCAAGACCUAUGCGAAACCGAGACCUAUGGAAGAAGCAGAUUUUCAGAGCGUUAUUAAUGGCUUUGCACAUGCCGCUGAGUACCUAUAUAGGGCCGGAUUCGAUGGUAUUCAGCUACACGGAGCGCAUGGCUACCUCAUAAGCCAAUUUUUAUCCCUGUCUACUAACAAGCGCACCGAUGAGUACGGUGGGACAAGCAUCCUCAACCGCGCCCGGCUGAUCGCUGAGAUCACUACUGCUAUCCGAUCACGCGUCCCUGAUCCAGCCUUCAUUCUCGGCAUCAAAGUCAACAGCGUCGAGUUUCAGAGCGAAGGUUUCUCCCCCGAAGACUGUAAAUUGCUUUGCACUGAGCUCGAAAGACUUAGAUUUGACUUCAUCGAGCUCUCUGGAGGAACCUACCAGUCCUCCGGAUUCAAGCAUGUCCGGGAAUCUUCAAAGAAGAGAGAGGCGUUCUUCAUCGAAUUUGCCUAG